AACAAGGUGAACUUUAAUGCGUUUGGAAGUUCGAAAGGAAAAGUUCUAUCAGACAAAUUCUACAUUAAACAUAAGCUUAAGCAAAACAGCUAAGAAGAAGCAGAAGAAUCAACACCUGCCAAACAUGAGGCUUGUGUUGCUGGGGAAGAAUGAACUGGACAAUGGCCGAGUGGGAAACCUCAUCCUUGGAAGAGAUGCAUUUCAGACUAACCUUGAGGUUUGUGAAGAACAUGUAAGUGAGAGAGUCAGAGGACAGGUGGAGGGAAGACCCAUCACAGUCAUUAACACUCCUGACCUGUUUCAUCCCCAACGCACACAACAUGAGCUCUCUGUGGCAGUGAAAGACUGUGUGGCCCAGUCUGCUCCAGGGCCUCAUGUAUUUCUACUGGUGCUGCAGCCUGACAGCUUCUCAGAGGAGGACAGACACAAAGUGAAAGCCAUACUGAACUUGUUCAGCGAUGAGGCCAUGAACUAUACCAUUGUACUAACCACUACUGUUAGAAGUGCGCGGCAUGUCUCUUCAGCUUACACUGGUGAAAAGGAAGACCAUUUAGGCCUGAUCAUACAGGAGUGUAAGAUGAGGUAUCAAAUAUUUGAUGAGAUUAACAGAUUCAGCCAGGUCCUUAAACUCUUUGAGAAGAUAGACAAGAUGAUGGAGGAGAAUGGGAGAAGACAUCUCACUUGUGAGGAAAUUGGGGUGAUACCCGGGGGCUCAUUUCUUCCAGAGAGCAAACAGAAAGCAAAAAGAGGAAGAGAGAGUGAUUCUCAUAAAGAGGGAGAAUGGAAGAAGAAGAAAACAGAGAUUAACGAGAUUUCAGCCAUACAGCAAGCACAAGAAGUCAUGGCAGAGGUUCAACACAGACUUGAAAAGAACAUCAAAAACCAUGCCAAGACCAACAAAGAAUUCAUGAACUUCAUCAGGGACAAUAUGACAGGUCUGCUAAAUAAAACGAUACAGAAAACCACUAUUGGUGUGUUUGGAAAGACAGGAGAUGGUAAAAGCUCCCUGAUAAAUGCCAUCCUAGAUGAGGAUGAGCUGUUACCGACAGGGACACUCGAUGCCUGUACAUCAGUCAUCAUACAAGUGGAGGCUGGGGCUGAGAGAGACCAGUACACAGCAACUGUUGAAUUCAUCUCAAAAGAGGCCUGGGAAAAUGAGCUAAAGAGCCUUCUAGGUUUUCUAGCGGAACGAAAGGAGAGGGAUGAAACCAUCUGCAAAAUGGCAGAAGACAAGAUCGAAGCACUGUAUGGAAAGAAUGCAACUGGAAAAAGCUUUGAUGAACUCAUGAACGACGAUCAUUCACCAGUUAUUGCAGCCAUGCUCAAGUCAAACACUAAAACCAUCUCAAAGUUUCAGGCCUCAGAUCUCUCUGAAGCAAUCGGGCCUUAUAUUGAACAUCAUGAGUCUGAUCUUGGGGGAUUCUAUUGGCCAGUAGUGAAGACUGUGAGAAUCAAAGUGCCAGAUCACAAAGGGCUUCUACAGAACAUCGUGCUAGUUGAUCUCCCUGGAAAUGGAGACUGCAAUCAGACCAGAGACGAGAUGUGGAAAUCAAUGUUAAGGGAGUGCACAGCUGUUUGGGUUGUGAGUGAUAUCAAUCGAGCCGCAUCUGACAAGGCAGCCUGGGAGAUCCUGAAGAGCAGCAUGACAGAUAUGGUACAGGGAGGGGCAUGCACUCGCAUCACUUUCAUCUGCACCAAAACUGAUAAUAUGGAUCCCCAGUCUUACAUUAGAUCAAAAAGACUGAACAAUAGAGAUCUACAAAUCACAGCGGAAAAUGUGUCAGAGAGAAAGUAUAAAUGCAUACAGCACAGGAAUAACAUGGCUAAGAAUCGAUUGAAACAAACCUUUGAAAAACAGUGUCAACUCCAGAAAUAUUACAUCAGACGCUUUUCAGUGUUCACUGUAAGUUCACGGGAGUUCUGCUCAAAGGAGCCAUAUCUGAAACAGGAGGACACAGAGAUACCAAAGCUGAGAGAGGUGCUGAGGAGAUUUAACCACAGUCACGCCAACAGAGUGGCCUCACAGUAUUUUACAAGUGCCACAGGGAUCCUGUCCCUCAUACAGACAUCCAAAGAUAACAACGCAGAGAUGAAUAUGGACAAAGUAAAGCUGCACAAUGAGCUGAAUAAGAAGCUGGAUGAUGAACUGAAAUGUCUACGGGUUAAACAUUUAGAGCCAUGUUACGAUGAACUGGAGAAGUGCCUCUCAGUUGGAGUUAAGAAGUCAGAGAGGAAAUGUGCUGAAAUAACCAAGAAAAACGUGGAUGUACCAGUUGAAAAAAAUGGAUGUGGAUACCAUCAGACUCUAUCCGCCUUGUGCAGAAAUAAAGGUUACUUCAGGUCAGGAGAUGGAGAAACAAGAGACCUGAACAAGUCUUUGGCUGAAAUUAUGUAUGAAAGCAUCAAUGAAAAGUUUAACGCCUUCUUCCCAAAUGAAGGUGAGGGUCAUGAUGAAGGGUCAGUACGGGAGAAGGUCGAACGAUUCAGUGUCUGCUCGAUCAGUGUCACUGAGGGCUACAGCAACCCUGCAGCAAUGACUCACAUUCUGAGGUUCUUAAAAGCUGAGGAAGCCAAGCUGAAGCAUUUGAUAUAUAGAGAAAUUGCGCAACAAAAGAAGGAAAUAUAUGCAUCAAUCACAGAUACCAUCAAAGAAGAGAUGGGUCCUGGCUACAACAAGGCUGAAAAAUGUGUUGGACCGAGAUCCAUGGCGGAGAAGCAGAGAGUACUGAAACAACACACUGAGUCACUAAAGCACACCAUGUUCAAGAAAGCAAAGAACAGGAUGCUGACUGCGUUCAGAUAUCUGACGAAACAAAUCGAGAUGAUGUUGGAAGAGAAUCUACAGGAAGCUUUGGCUCAUGCACGGACUGAAUCCAACUUCCCGUUUAUCAUGGAUGUCAGCGCUGAAAUUAGAGAGCUGGAGAGGUUAUCUGCCCUAACUGAUGAAUAACAGCGGCAAGAAUCUAAUGAAGAGUUGAUGCGGAAAACAGGUUUUUGUGUAGCCAUGUAAAUGUUCAUGGCUGGGCAGACAGUGCAGAAAAUUACAUAUAUAAAUCUUUGAUAGAUCAUCUAGAUACAAUGUGUUAAAAACUAGUGAGAUAUGGCUAGGAUGGUCAGUCUUUGUCAAGAAGGUCUGUGGUUCAACUGUCUCUUAGAACUCUCUAGAUCGACAUAAACAACACGUCAUUUGUUUCAGUACGUCUCUGAGUACUCUAUGAACAUCAGUCUCAGCUGGUAAAAGGCAGGGAAACACACUGGACAGAUCGCCAGUCCAUCGCAGGGCAGACACACAAACACAUUCACACCUAGGGGCAAUUUACUAUCUCCAGACUAAUGUGACUUAUGUGGGGACCGUAGAAAUCCAAGCAGACCCUUGAUUUUAUUUGAAUGAUUUAUAUAAUUGUUUGGGACUUAACAAUUAGGGUAGUAAGCUUGGCACUUAAAUGUUUUAAUGAUUUUAGAAUGUCAGAUAUAGAGUGUUAGAUUUAGAAAACAGGCCCUGGGCUCUGUAAAGGCAUGGCACUUAAAUGUUUUAAUAAUUUAAGAAUGUUAGAUAUAGAAAAUAGGCCCUGGGCUUUGUAAAGCGGCUUGAAACUAUUUUAUUGUUUUGGCGCUAUAUCAAUAAAAUAAAAUUGAAUUAAAUUGAAAACAUGACCCAGUUUAAAAUAAAUGUAGAUCCUGUUAGUAUAUAGAGUUUGCUUCAUUACAAGUGCAGAAUGAAGAGGCUGAAAAGUUGUCCUUUGUAGCUGAUUAUUACUCACUUUGGCAUUACAUAAUUAAGAUUCAGACGUGCCAUUUUAGUGAAUCUCUUUAAUGUAACUACUGUCUAUGAACCUAUUGCCUAUUGAAUGAAAUACGUAUUUUAUACAUUUAAUUCUAUUUUUCACCUUUCAUUUUAUGCUUCAUUUAACAUUUCUGUGCGCAAACAUUUUUGAUGCCAAUAUACACAUAGAUGUCAAGAUGGCGGCGCGCACAGGUGCGGUGGCUCCUUGCUUUCCAGGGUGGUGUUUUGUUUGUACCAUUUUGUACUUGUUUUUUGUGUUAGUUAGUCGAGAUAUGCAUUGCAAGCUACGUCUACAGCCGCCAGGACAUAAUUGACUACGAAUUCCAAAUGUCGUUGUAUACAAUGGACAAUGAUUUUUCUUUCUCUCUCUCUCUCUUCCUGUUCUCUGUGUGGGGAUAGGCUCUUACUGACUCAUCAUAUACGUAGUCAUUUGUGUCUCAGUAGAUAU